AUGAUAAUUAAUGAUGAAAACUACGAAGCUAUGCAAGUUGAAGAUACAGAAUCGAGUUUUGAACAAAAUUUAAAUUCUACUAAUCAGAGUGGUGAUAUAGAAUGCAUUCCUUCACUACCAAGCGAAAAAGAAGCCGUAUCAGUUUUACAAACUGAUGCCAGAAAUAAUUUAGAAAUUAGUGAAAGCCAGCUAAACAAUGAGUAUGAUCAGAGUAAUAUUGAAAAUGAAAGAACUUCUAUAAAUAAUGAGAAGGGUCAAAAUUCUAUAAUUCAUCAAAAAAAUAACAACGAAAUUAAUGAAGCUAAAAUUGCAUCUCUAUUGGUUCCAAUUGUCUAUAUAGAUAAUAAUAAUUAUCUGACAGCAUGUUGGAGACUUCAUCAUUUUCUUUGGGUUACUAACGCAACACCAAGUGAAAUGAUUGAAGUUAAAUUAAAUACAAAAUAUUUUUUUGAAACAACGGAAAAAGAAUAUAAUCUUCUAAUCAAAGAAUUAUUGAAAAAUUCCGAAAUUUUUAAAUUUCGUAACCCAAAAG